CACUUGCAGUCUUUUGAAGGAUUCCUUCCUUUUUCCUUUCCCAGUAAAGCUUGCCACGGCCUAAACGACACUUAGUCAACAUGGUCCAGCGCGUGACGUACCGCCGUCGGUUGUCCUACAACACCAAGUCCAACAAGACCCGGGUCAUCAAGACGCCUGGUGGAAAGUUGGCCGUCCUUCACAUUGUCAAGAAGGCGUCGGCUCCCAAGUGCGGUGAUUGCGGCAGCGUCCUUUCAGGGAUCCCUGCUCUCCGCCCCACCCAGUACUCCCGCCUUUCUCGCCGUCAAAAGUCCGUCACCCGGCCUUAUGGUGGUAGCCGAUGCGGUAUCUGCGUCCGCUCUCGCAUUGUCCGUGCCUUUUUGAUUGAGGAACAAAAGAUUGUGAAGCGGGUGCUCAAGGCGCAACAGGCAGAGGCCAAAAAGUCUGGAAAAAAGUAAAAAGAUCCUAGAUUUUUUUACUUUUGGCGGUGGGAAUGCGUUUGGGGGCUUUGAAUGCACGGCAACGGUUUUUGAAACUUGGUCGGGGGUUGGGAACCGGGUGUGCCGAUGUGUGAUAUACUUGUCAACGUUUGUUCAUUGUAGCGUUGAUAUAUAUAUGUCCGUGAAUAUACGACCUGGACCUGCA